GUAAAUGACUGGUUCCUGAUUCGACUACCCUUCGUGAUAUAUCUGAUUUUUUUUUACAGGACAAAGUUAUUAAAACCAAAUAGGUUCGAAGGUCAAAAUAUUAUGCCACACAUUAUAAUCUAUGUUUAAUAUUCUAAAGGUAUGCGAUUACAAAACAUCAUGUCAUCAGCAUUAAAAUCUUGGAGAGAAGCCGCAACAAUAAUUCUUGUCUCGUCGAAACCUACAGUACAGUCAAGAAUUGGAUUGAAAGAGUGCUUUAAGAAUGAAAAGGUAGUCCCUGGCUGGCCGAAGUCUAAUGAUUAUGAUUAUAGGGUGCUAAUGAUGAAGAGAAGCCUAAAAAGUGGAUUUUUUCCAAGUGCUUACGUCUUUCCUGGUGGAAUAUCAGAUAAAGGCGACUUCAACUUAGAGUGGUCGAGUUUCCUCUCCUCGACAAAUAAUCUUGAACAUCUGGAAAUAGCAAAUGGCGUUAGACCGCCAAUGUUUACGGACUUUGAUAACAAUAGGCUUUCGCCUGUGAUUGGAUUUAGAAUUACAGCUAUUAGAGAACUGUUUGAAGAAUGUGGUAUUCUGAUUUGUAGGAAGUUAACAGAAGAAAGUCUUUCAACUGAUGAAUUAGAGGAUUUUAGGAAAGAAGUCAAUGAGAGUCCAUCUUCCUUUUUGAAACUAUGCAAAAAAUAUUCCGUUGUUCCCGACGUUGAUUGCUUAAGCGAAUGGAGUAAUUGGCUAACACCUAAUCACCUUGAAGACCCUGGUGUUAAAAACAGAAGAUAUGAUACCGCAUUUUAUCUUGCAGCUACAGAUGAAUAUUUAAUAUCAAAGGGAAGCGAUAAAAGGGAAGUAGAACUUUGCCAAUGGGUAACUCCAACAUCAGUAAAUGAAGAAUUCGAAAAGUGCGAGCUAUUUCUACCUCCACCCCAAAUUUAUGAACUUUCAAGAUUAGCAAAUUUUACAAAGUUUAAAAAUCUUAGAGAAUUUGCAAUUGAUAGGCAGCAGCAUGGUACAGAGAGAUGGAUGCCUGUUAGAAUUUCUACUGCUGAUGGCAUUACAGCUUGCCUUCCUGGAGAUACUUUUUAUCCUAAAAUUGAAGACUUGGACUUGUAUGGACAAGUGCCACCUUUGGAAGUGAAAGAAACCAUGGAAGAAAAUGACAGAUUAAGUAAAGAUCAUUUAAACAGGUUUAGUAUGGGAAAAACACCAAUUACUGUGAUUAAAUGUAAUGUUGCAAACUUGGGAUUUCCACUGCCUAAGCCCAGAGUGCAGAAAUCUUCUCUGUAA